GGGCGGAGGUGAUAAAUUGUGGCUUACCCUCCAAACCAGUUGGUGGCGCUAAUUCCAUGUUUAGUUGUACACCAUUUCCAAGCGAAGAACAAGAAGACGUGAAGGCUACGGAGAAAGAGGGGGACGAACGAGACCAUCAUACAAACUAUUGUUAAGAUGGGAGACAGUGAUGAUGACCAUGAUCGCAGGAGAAGGGACAAAUUCAGACGGGAGAGAAGUGACUAUGACCGUUCAAGAGAGAGAGAGGACCGGCGCAGAGAUGACUGGAAUGACAGGGAGUGGGAUAGAGGCAGGGAGCGGCGAAGUCGUGGAGAGUACCGGGAUUAUGAUAGAGGUCGAAGGGAGAGAUUUACCCCACCCAGACACGACAUGAGUCCCCAGCAGAAACGCAUGAGAAGAGACUGGGAUGACCAUGGUGGAGACCCCUACCGUGGGGGGUAUGACUUGGGUUAUGGUGGUGGUGGAGGAGGGCCCAGCUAUGGACCACCACAACAUUGGGGCCAUCCCGACAUGCACCUCAUGCAGCCUCAUCAGGGCAUCCCCAUUCAGGCCAGGCUUGGUAACAUCCACGACUUGGACUUAGGUCCUCCCCCUCCAAUAAUGAAGAGCUUUAAGGAGUUUCUGCUGUCCUUAGAUGAUUCUGUGGAUGAGACUGAGGCAGUCAAACGCUACAAUGAGUACAAGAUCGACUUCCGGCGGCAGCAGAUGCAGGACUUCUUUUUGGCUCAUAAAGAUGAAGAGUGGUUCCGAUCCAAGUACCACCCUGACGAGGCCAGACGACUUAAGGCAGAGGCCCAGAGGGCUCUGCACAACCGUCUGAAUGUGUUCGUGUUCCUAAUGGAGAAUGGCUGGUUUGAUAAUGUCUCCCUGGACAUUGAACAGACCCCAGCCAUCAUCAAAGUUCUGGAUGCAGCUGUGAUUAAAAUGGAAGGGGGGACAGACCAUGAUCUUCGCAUCUUGGACCUGCCAUCUGAAGAGGAAGAAGACCGAGAGAAGUCAGCAUCUAUUUCCAGGGGCACUGAAGUUCCCAAGAGAGAAGACCUCAAAGCUUUGGGUAGUGACUGCAAACCAGUGGAGAAAGACAGAAAUGAGAAGGAGGGUAGUGACUCAGCCAGCACAGAGAGAGCUGCCACAGCAGAAGGAGAGAAUGUAAAAGAGGAGGCAGAGAAAGAACCAGCAAAAGAAAUUCCUGAACCUAAGAAACCAAGAAGAAAGAGGAAGCGCAGCGGGGACAGCGAUGAUGAAGCCAGCGCUUCGGAGAGUGACUCGGACUCAGAUUCAGACUCCAACUCUAACUGCUCUGACAAACCAGUGAAGAAGGAAGAGGAAGACAAGGAUGAGGAGGAAGAGGAAGGUGAAGAGGAGAAACCUAAGGAGAACUCUGAGGAGGACAAGAAGGAAGAGAAAAAGCCCAAAGAUGACUCUCCUAGACCACGGCCUCUCCACAGAACUUGCUCUCUGUUCAUGAGAAGCAUCGCUCCCACCAUCUCCAAGGCUGAGAUUAUUGCUCUGUGUCGACGUUACCCUGGGUUUCUGCGUGUUUGCUUGUCUGAUCCCCAUCCAGAGCGCAGGUUUUUCAGACGUUGCUGGGUGACUUUUGACCGUAGCGUCAACAUCAAAGAAGUCUGUUGGAACCUUCAGAACAUUCGGCUGCGAGACUGUGAACUGGCACCGGGGGUGAACAGGGACCUGGCUCGGAGGGUGCGUAAUGUUAAUGGCAUUACUCAGCACAAGCAGAUUCUCCGCAAUGACAUCAAGCUGGCUGCCAAGCUCAUUCAUGCCUUGGAUGAGAAAGGGGAACUUUGGAGCAACAAGUCCCAGGAAGAAGGGCAAAGCACUGAGUUGCCAGCUCAGAACCCCAUCCUGAAGAAUAUUACCGAUUACCUGAUAGAGGAGGUGAGUGCUGAGGAGGAGGAGCUUCUGGGCUCCGGGAGUGGAAUGGAUUCUGAGGAGGGCAUCAAGGAAGGAAACCCUGCAGAGAUGACUGUUGAGAGGGAUGACAAACUUGUCAAGGUUUUGGAUCGUUUGAUCUUGUACCUCCGUGUUGUGCACUCAGUUGACUACUACAACACCUGUGAAUACCCCAGUGAGGAUGAAAUGCCCAACCGAUGCGGCAUGAUUCAUGUACGUGGACCCAUUCCUCCAAACCGCAUCACACAUGGAGAAGUGCAACAGUGGGAGAAGAUGAUGGAGGAGAAGUUGGCUCCCUUGUUUAGUUUAAAAGAAGUCUUGUCUGAAGAAGAGGGGGUGAAGAUGGGCCGCAAGGACCCUGAAGAAGAAGUGGAGAAGUUUGUGUCUGCCAACACACAAGAACUGGGAAAAGAUAAAUGGCUCUGCCCUCUAAGUGGAAAGAAAUUUAAGGGUCCAGAGUUUGUACGGAAGCACAUCCUGAACAAACAUGGGGAUAAAAUUGAAGAAGUGAAAAAGGAGGUUGCUUUCUUCAACAAUUUCCUGAUGGAUGCCAAGAGGCCAUCACUGCCAGAGAUGAAACUUCCUCCUCUUCCAGGCCCAAGCCAAGGUUUGCUCAGUCCUAGUAUGCCGUUUCCUCCCCAAGGUCCUCAGGGUCCAAUGGGCUUCGCACAGCCUCGUCCUCCUCUGAUGGGCUACGGUGCUGGUGGGCCUCCUUAUCCACCCAACCAAUAUGGUGGAGGCAGAGGCAACUAUGACAACUUCCGCGGACAAGGUGACUACCUGGGUAAGCCGCGCAACAUCAGGUGAGACCGCUAAUGUCACGAGGUGACCCACGAAACAUUAUUGAGUACCGCGACCUGGAUGCACCAGAUGAUAUGGACUUCUUUUAGAAGGUUCACAUUUAAUUUCUUUGCUCUUUACCAGUGUUGUGUUCCGCCUGCUUCUUGGAGUAAUGAGAUUAUUUCUUUUCUUAAAAGGCUUGUUUUGUAAUUAUUGUGCAACCAGAACUGCUGUAAACAGAUUCAUUAAUAAAAUUGUGAUCAAAUUACAAUAAUAAGUAUUAAAAUACUUGUGAAGUC